GGUCACCUGGCAACCGCUGGGAACCAGCCCGGGGGAGGCGCCUUUGCUCCUUCCCGCCGCUAGAUGGCGGCUGGCGUCACGUUGAUGCCCUAUGCGGACCUGGAGGAGUCAAGUGAGGUCUCCGUUAAAUGGGAGCCCCAGAGGCAGGAACUGGAAUUACACGGCUCUUUAGAUCCGUUUUCUCAAGAUUCUAAGGUGAAGAGAUUUUGCUCCAAAAAUAUCCUGAUCAUCCUCGGUUUCUCCUCUGUCUUGGCCGUGAUAGCUUUGAUUGCUGUGGGGUUGACCCAGAACAAACCAUUGCCAGAAAAUGUUAAGUAUGGGAUUGUGCUGGACGCCGGGUCUUCGCACACCAACUUGUACAUCUACAAGUGGCCGGCUGAGAAGGAGAACGACACGGGCGUGGUGCACCAGUUACAAGAAUGUCAAGUGAAAGGUCCUGGAAUCUCAAAAUAUGCUCAGAAAACAAAUGAAAUAGGCACAUACUUGGCCGAAUGCAUGAAAAUGUCCACUGAAUUGAUUCCAACAUCUAAGCAGCGUGAGACACCUGUUUACCUGGGAGCCACGGCUGGCAUGCGCUUACUUAGAAUGGAAAGUGAACAAUCAGCAGACAGGGUCCUGGCUGCAGUGUCAAGAAGCCUUAGCAGCUACCCCUUUGACUUCCAGGGUGCCAAGAUCAUCACUGGCCAAGAGGAAGGUGCUUAUGGGUGGAUUACUAUCAACUACCUGCUGGGCAGAUUCAUUCAGAAACAAAGUUGGCGAAGCCUCAUCUCAAGAGACCAUCAAAAACAGGACACGUUUGGCGCUUUGGAUCUCGGAGGCGCCUCUACGCAAAUCACCUUUGUGCCCCUCAACAGCACUAUAGAGGCCCCAGAAAACUCUCUACAAUUUCGCCUCUAUGGCGAGGACUACACUGUGUACACACACAGCUUCCUGUGCUAUGGGAAGGACCAGGCACUCUGGCAGAAACUAGCCAAGGACAUUCAGGUUUCAAGUCACGGGACCCUCAGGGAUCCAUGCUUUCACCCGGGAUACCAGAAGGUAGUGAAUGUAAGUGAACUCUACGGCACCCCCUGCACCAAGAGAUUUGAAAAGAAGCUACCGUUUGAUCAGUUUCAAAUCCAGGGCACUGGAGACUAUGAACAGUGCCAGCAGAGCAUCCUCGAGCUCUUCAACAUCAGCUACUGCCCUUACUCCCAGUGUGCCUUCAACGGUGUCUUCUUACCACCCCUCCAUGGGAGUUUUGGGGCGUUUUCAGCUUUCUACUUUGUGAUGGAUUUUUUUAAGAAGAUGGAAAAAGACAGUGUCUCCUCUCAGGAAAAGAUGACUGAGAUCUUAAAAAAAUUUUGCUCAAAGCCUUGGGAGGAGGUAAAAGCAUCUCAUCCUACAGUAAAGGAGAAGUACCUGAAUGAAUACUGCUUCUCAGGUGCUUACAUCCUCACCCUCCUUCUGCAAGGCUAUAACUUCACAGGAAGUUCCUGGGACCAGAUUCAUUUUAUGGGCAAGAUCGAGGACAGCAACGCAGGGUGGACUUUGGGCUACAUGCUGAACUUGACCAACAUGAUCCCAGCUGAACAGCCAUUAUCUCCGCCUCUCCCUCACUCCACCUACAUCAGCCUCAUGGUUAUCUUCUCCCUGAUCUUGGUUGCUGUGGCCAUCACAGGCCUGUUCCUCUAUAGCAAGCCUUCAUAUUUCCGAAAAGAGACGGUAUAGCAGGAGCAGCUGAAAUGUGCUGUCUGGAGUGAGACAGCAACUUGCCCAGGGAGUGUGUUCCUCCCUGCAGGGGAGUCCAGAGUCACCUUCCCUGCUUUUCAGGGACAGUCUAGACCAGCAUGAAGCUUCCAAGGCUUUUGCUGAAGCCUUUCCUUGGGGACACUCAACACCCUCUGCUGCAAGGACUUCCUGGUGAUAGUCUCUUGUCUUUUCCAGCUACCUUCUUUCUCCUUUGUCCUCUGUGCUUCUGAUCAUGACUUUCAUGGUCUGUGCUUCAAAAAAGAACAAAAUCAACUUUGUCUCAAAGAACUAAGAUUCUUGAGCGCCACACUGCCCGAUUUGAACUGGUGAAAGAGGAAACUCAGAAACUAUCUGAGUCAUAGUUUGGGACUCCCCUUUCCCCCAUCUUCUAAGAAAGCCACGCAGUGCCUUUGGAGAGAGGAGACACAAAUCCAUUCUAAGCCUUCCCUUUGGACAGGAGAAUUUUCCUAAGUAGAUAAAUAUGUGCUAAAGCCAAAGAGUUUUUGCAAAGGAGCCUAUCUGCUUGGGCAGCUAAUGUGAUUCAUCAUCUGCUGAAAAUAAGAAUGGAAACACAUUGUAUACUCCUGCAUGAUGCCAAAACCCUCUCAAGUAGAACACACAGACCAGAGGUUUUUGAAAAGUGGAUGCACACAUGGGCAUUUAGGGGAUACUAUGUGACAGUAGUGUAUGUGCUAGGAAGAAAACUACAGUCACCGCUCAGGACUGAGAAAAUAUACCCUCUAAUACAUCUUCUAGAGUUUUGUGUUUUUUUUAUGUUAAAAUACACAGAACAUAAAUUUCACCAUAUUUACAUUCAGCUCAAUGCAACUGAGUAGCAUUUAGUACAUUUACAAUGUUAUACAAUUAUCAUUCUUUUGAAGGUUUUGUUUCUAAUUAUGUGUAUGUGUGGGUCUGUGCACACGAGGACCAUGAACAUGGUGGCCAGAGGAGGGUGUCAAUCCCUUGGAGCUGGAGUUAGAAGCAACCAGUUGUGAGCUGUCCAGUGUGGGUGCUGGAAAUGACACUGAGGUCCUCUGCAAGAGCAAUAUGUGCUCUUAACCUCUGAGCCACCUCUCCAGCUAUGCCACUAUUUUAUAGCAUUCUAUAGCCAAGAAGUUUGCUGGGGACAAGACCAUACAUGGGUUUUCUCAAACCACAAACCAUUGCAUUGAUAACUAAGUAGACAUGCUCCACAGAGAUGGCUCCCUGGGUUUGAAAGCCAUACCACAUCUUAUUGUCCCAAGAUUUAAUUUAGUGAGAGGUGGCAGGUUUUUGCCCUGUUGUGGUAUUUACACAUCAAGUGUUGCUACCCCUCUGUUAUGCAACACAUGCCUUAUUUCCUUAUUUCAUGAAGUGUUUCGUGGAGGUAAUGAAUAAGUGGUUAUGGACUUUUAUUAUGGAAAACUGAAGAGAUCUUGUACCUUUCCUAUGAGUAUUGCUGCAGGAAUUAACUGUUGAGCAGAACUGAGCAGUGAUGUAUCCUUAUCCUAUCCCAAGCUGUCUGUCCAUCUCUGAUCUGGGGACUGACUACUCAGGAAGGAAAGUUCCCCAUAAACUAGAAGCCAAGUGCCCCAUAUCUCUUGGGUAGUAAACUAGAAGCCAAGUGCCCCAUA